GUUUAAAUGCGUGAUCAAUGAACCUUUAACUUUAAACUCGACUUAUACGAAUACUUCCGUCCUCAAUUUUUUAAAAACAUAACCAAUGCCUGUAAAUAGAAAUGGGAGAUUCAUUGGAAAAUCAGGAGGAAGAGGAGAUCUACUCCCGCACUGGCACGGAAGCAGGCGAAGUCACGUGGUAUACUACCGGGGUAACAGCGAUUUGUAGUGUACUAAUGAAUUAUACGGAGACCUUCCGACAUAUUAUAUUCAACAAAAGACACCGGAAAAACGAAAGGUACAAGGACUUCGAGGACAGGCUUCGUAAAACCAGCAAGAUUAAUAUAACGUUCUAUUACACAGGAAGUCAGAUGCAGAACCUGACCGCCAUUCACUGGAGGUACCCUACUGCCUCAACCCCCAAUUCAAUGGGAAGACAGUGCGACUCCGAUGUGGAUGUCCUGAUUGUCGAUCCCAAUGUCUGUGCAGGAGAGGCCAAGCUAGGUCACCACGAUAAUCUGUACAUUUACGAACACUCUCUGGAACACCCGGGAUAUGUAAGAGUUUAUAGAGGACGAGGUAAAGGAAGAAAGGUCAUUUCCGGAAAGGGUUUCAAAAAAUUUUGGAAGCAGAUUGUUGACCAGCACGAAAUAUUUACACGUUUCACUGGAAGAGGUACCAAAUUUCCAAGUCGUGGAGAAGAACGAUCAGGCCCUGCAAUUACAAAGGUGGAGAACGUGAGCAUGCGAAAUUUUGUCCAUCAUGACUUCGUUCCUGCAAUAAAAUUGAUCAGUUGGCCCUCUAUAGCUCAGGACUGGACGAGGCGUUCAAGGCCAGGGGACUGGCCAUCGGUGAAGGUGCUGGAGGAAUGUGUCAGCGCAGACUGUCACAUCGUCCCCGUGGCACACAAAGAAAGUCCCAAACAUAUCAAAAAGAAGGAAUGGCGGCUAUCGUUCUCCGGAGCAGAGAUAGUUCUAGCGAAGACUUUGACUUGUGAACAGAGACAAGCAGUCAUUGUGUCCAAGAUGAUUUUAAAACUUGCUCUUAAAGAGGUCUUGGAGCAUAAACCCAGCUUAAAAAACUGCAAAUCUGUGUCCUCUUACGAGCUAAAAAGUUCAUUCUACUGGCUUCGUGAAAGGAAAAACGCAUGGGGAAAUUUAACAGAUGACAUCAGAGAGGUUAUCGAAAAUUUUAUCGAAUUUUUACAUCAAGGCGCUUUACCCGACUAUUUCAUUCCGAAGAAAAACAUCAUAGAAAAUGUUACAUCAGAUAUGGUAGAAGAAUUGUCAGCAGUGUUAAAGCAAGUGUUCACCAAACAAGGAAUGACUCAGUUCCUGGAGAAGUGCUACUGGUAUUGCUAUCAGACGCAGCUGGAGGAAUAUGACUCUCUCGAUGGUAGCUCCUUGAAGUGUUUAUAUAGUGAACUCAAGGAUUUCUGUGAAAACGAGACUCCGUCUAUCAAACUGUCCUUGUUUAGCAUCACUCACCAUUUAUUAGGUCUGUUCACGCGCGCCAUUGAUGGUACAGGGAGCGAUAUUCGGGCAGUGGAAAUUACACCAGUUUUAUUUGACAUCCGAUGUAUUCAAGAGGGCCUUACCAAGAAGAAUUCACAGAAUGAAGUCAUUCAUAUGAACCAACUAGAAGAUUUGUUCCACGAUAACAAGUCGUUUUCUUUCGAAAUGUUGUCCGAUUUUUCUGACUUUGUGUUCGACGUUCUUUCUCAAGAGGUGGUGCAGAACAUACUCGGAGAGAGUAUCUGGAGCGUGGUAGCUUUUCUGCUUGCUAGACCAUGCAUAACGGCAGGCCUACAACAUGGGUUGAAACAGGAAGUUCUGGACUUCGCUGACUUAUUGGAAGCGAAUCCAAAAAACACGACAUUACGAGAGGCGGCGAUAGAAGUGCACGGGAGUAUGGAAGAGUUUCAGUCAGCAGUUGCGCUCGCGAGUGAGAAUGCGGACAGUGUGUACGAGUUUUAUGAAGGCCUCUGUCAAGACACUUUACAGUUUUACUUUGAUGUAUGUGCACGAUUCUUGGUAGGAGAGGAAUUUCACUGCGAGGAGGAGAGGAUAGCGGUGUUUGGAGUGCAGUCAAUGGUCAGAGAUAUCCCAGAAAUCUUGGACGACGAGAUGCUAGGUACACCAGAACUUCGACAGAGGGUUCGGACACUCAUGGAAAAGUGUGGGACUUUUCAUUGUAAAGAAUUCUAAUGCCUUUGUGUGCCUCUAAACCCUACCCGGUAUGGCGAAAGAGCAAACUCUUGACAAAAAUCUGAGAAAAUUCACUCUCCUCUAGAAGAUGUGGUCGUUAAUUCAUAUUGUCUAUCUCCAAUCUACAAGAUAUUUACAUCUAAUUCGGGUCCGUUACGCACAAGUACAUGUAUCAUAGUAUUAUUAUCCAUAAUAGAAGAGGUCUUUGGGUCACAUCGCUCACCUUGGCCCAUACUUACAAGAUUUUCCCAAGAAUUCGCAUGUAAAACUUUGAUUCCCAAUUGUGGACCCACCCUACCCUCGUGGACCAUGGUUUUAACAAAAUUGAAUCUGCACUAUUUCAGGAAGCUGUCAUGUAAAUUUCAACCUGCCAGGGCCAGUGGCUCUUUUAAAAGAUUUUCCUCCAUAUGUUAUCAUGUAAACUUUGAUCCCCUAUUGUGGCCCCACCCUACCCCCAGAAGCCUUGAUUUUAACAAACUGAAGUCUGCACUAUGUCAGAAAGCUGUCAUGUAAACAACUAUUGUCCCUAACCUAACCCCGGGGGCAAUGAUUUUAAUAAAAUUUAAUCUGCAUUAUGUCAAAAAGAUGCCAUGUGAACCUGAGAUUUUGAAAGGUCUUUCCUAUAUACUGCAUGUAAUAUUUUGAUCCCCUAUUGUGACCCCACCCUACCCGCAGAGGCUAAGAGAGAGAGAGAGAGAGAGAGAGAGAGAGAGAGAGAGAGAGAGAGAGAGAGAGAGAAUUAUGGGAGAGAUUUUUUAUAUCCGACUCAAAAUUUUCUUCUUGUUACUCUGAAUUGAUCCUUUGCAACUCUCUCUAGAUGUGUCCCCACGAGAAUGGUCUGAACCCAAUGCUUUUAUUUCAGUUUCAGUGCUAGGUCUGGACCCAAUGUUUUUAUUUCACGUUUGAGUGCUAGGUCUGGACCCAAUGUUUUUAUAUCAUAUGUUUCAGUGCUAGGUCUGAACCCAAUGCUUUUAUUUCAGUUUCAGUGCUAGGUCUGGACCCAAUGUUUUUAUUUCACGUUUCAGUGCUAGGUCUGGACCCAAUGUUUUUAUAUUGCAUGUUUCAGUUCUAGGUCAAGUUAUUUUGUAUUCUUUUGUUAAUCUGUGAUAUGUCUGUGUAUAUGUGUACACACGUGCUAUGUGUCUUUGAUAUAUGUGAUAGUCGGUUAAAAAGCUCUACAGAGCUCGUGUUUGAUUUAAUGAAUGUAUAUAGUGCCGACUUUAAAUAAAAUUUUCUUUACCAAUACAAAA